AUGGGGCAUGUUCACUGCCCGCAUCAUGAGAGGGUUGAGGGUACUCACCAAUCACGUGGCAAGCCGUCGCGCAUCCCUGCAACUGUGCAGUACGCUCUUCUGGAAACGGCCCCAUUCAAAUUUGCCAAGAUGCUCGAAUCCAUCGAUCAGUCAACCUCCGAUCUGUUGCAGCUGAAUACCUAG